AUGGUGGGAAAAAAGCAAAGACAUCUUGUGGCAAACCCUAGAAACAAGAAUAUUACUCCAAGUGCCCACCUUAACUCGUCAAAAUCUAGUGAUGAUCUGGAUGUGCAGGGAGAAGAUAGUUGGGUGAUUGUGAAAAAACAGAGGGUCACCAUUUUGGUGCCUCCUCUACCUGCUGCAAAAAAUUUGAAGACUCGAAACCUGGGACCAAGUCAGCUGGAAGCCAGACCCCAAAAAACAAGUAACCAAAUACAACCUCCAAUUGAUAUAUGUCCUAGAAUAUUGUCUGUUGAUGAAGAAGGAAAGUCCAUGUCACUGGCUCCUGAAAAGAGUAUUCAGUUUGUGAGAAAUGCUCCUUCUCAAGAUCUGCCAACAUUAACUAAGCCACCAAGUGAAGAUUUAAGAAUGGAAGCAGAAAAUACAAAUCAAGUUGGCACCUCAAAAACUUGUGAAAGAUUUGGGGUGUCUGACACCUCAAAAGCUAUCAAGCGGCCUAGGCUAUUACAUUGCCCCAGUGGCUUGAUUGAUGGGGGAAUGCUGCUAAGUCAAAAGCUGAGGGCAUCAAAUCUUGAGAUAAAACUUAAAAGAGCUGGGGGGUUGAGCAGGUGGUUGGCAUCGCUUGGACUGGAUCAGUUUGUGAGGAUUUUCCAGAGGAAGAGUGUUAAUAAAUUUCAGUUGGUAAAUUUAACAAUGAAGAAGCUCAAAGAUAUGGGUGCAAAUGCAGUGGGGCCUAGGAGGAAACUGAUACAUGCCAUUGACUGUGUUUGUCAGUCCUACUGUUUUGAGGCCAUCUGA